UGGUCAAUCAUUAUAACGAGUACGCGAUUCUUAUUGUACGUAAGGUUUGUUGAAAAUUAAAUGUCGCGUUUUAUUUACAUAUCUUCACUGUGUUCACAAACACUGCACUAGAAAAUAUAGUGCAUAUAAAUAGUCACGCGCGUAGUUCAUAAUAUAGAAGACGCACAUAAUAACUGAUAUCGGAAUUAGCGUCUUUAAUUGCAACAUAAUAAUGUUAAAAACAAGUUACUUGUUUUUCGUUGUCUUUUUUGUAAUUUUGAAAUACUAUUCAGUGUUCGCGAUCAUUUCUACAAAUGCAACAUUUAAUGGAUACAGGAAAUGGGCACCUGUUAACAACUCAAGGGAUGACAUGUAUUGUCCAGAUCACUGUUACAACAAUCCUGAUGAAGACGAACGCUGUUGUUGUUGUGAAGCUGUCACGUGCUGGCAACUUGAUCCGACUGCAUGCAAUGUAACAAUUGGACAGCUGUAUGUUGAAUAUAAGGAUAUUUAUGGAUCAGCAUUGUUCAUUCCUUCAGGAAAUCAUACCUUAUACGAAGCUGUUCACAGAAAUGGUAGACUUACAAAAUUUCCUGAUAAUCUAUGUGACUUUGCUGACAGUCUUGUAACAUUGGAUCUUAGCUUUAACAGAAUCAAGGACAUAAGUUCCAUUACAUGUUUGAAAAAGUUGGAUACUCUCAGACUUGACUCCAAUAAAAUAACGGAACUCAGCAAUGUAACUUUCUGGGACAUGAAUUAUUUGAGGAUUGUGUCAAUGUCCAGAAAUUAUAUUGAAACACUUGAUCCUAAUACUAUUCAAAAGAAGAAUGGGAACAUUUUAGUGGCAAACUUUUCCUUCAAUAUCGUAGAAUCUAUAGAUAUCACAAAUAUUGUAAGACCAGGUCCAUUUUGCGAGAUUAACUAUGAGGGAUGCGAAAUUGCAACAGAGACUAACGUACUAAAUUACGUUAUGCACGAAAACAAUAUUCACGGACCAGGAAAUAUCAUUUUACGCAACACAUCAACUGACUCGUUUCUUAACUUUAGUACCCUUGGUGUGGAUGACUUUUCAAUGCUUGGAUUUUAUUUCAAAGGUCAAUUUGACCUUGACGACAGUGACAUUGCCUGUGAUUGCAAAAUAUAUCCGGUUUUAGCUGAUUUGGGUAAAGAUGCAGCUAGAUAUUGGCCAAGAUUAGAUAUUGAUAAUACAACAUGCAGAACUCCAGAACACAUGAAAGGCAGAAAUCUGAACAGCAUUUAUAAAACACAAUCAUUUGAGGACUUGACAUGUGACCUUCCGAACUGCCCGAAAGGUUGUACUUGUACCGAUACACCAAUAGAUGACGAAAUCAAAGUUGUGUGCAAGGGUUUAACAAGUAUGCCGGAUUUUACACCAGUGGGAUAUUGGAAUAAUGAUAGAGUUAACUUAGAUUGCAGUGAUCCUAGCAAUGAAAUAUCCCAUUUUACUAACAAAGAGUACAUGAGCAGACUAGUUAGCAUGAACUUGAAUGGAAAUGAUAUACGAACAAUUGAUAAUAGUGCUGUAGAAAAUAUUGGUGAAGGUGUUCGUAUUGAUAUAAGUGGUCAAUUAUUGAAGUAUUUACCUGACUCUUUCCGUAAAUUGAAUCCAAACAGAAUAAUAUUUGGUACAAAUCCAGUGGAAUGUAACUGCGACAAUGUAUGGAUAGGAGAUUGGGUCAGAAAUAACCGUGCACAUGAAAAUCUGAAUUGUUCCACAAGUAAAGGUUUGGUUCCAGCUGAAGAUAUUUCCUCAGACUUUCUAGAUUGUCUUGCAACGGUGACAGUUCCUGAUUUUAUUCCGGUACUUUUAGUCUUAAUACUAGUUUUAUUGUUAACAUUUUGUGUGUUAUCGUAUUACUUUAGAUACGAGAUUCUGCUCUUGAAACGAAAACUUUUUAAUAAAAAAGCAAAAGUUGACGACUUUGAAUACGAUGCAAUGUUCACAUUUGCUGAAAAUAAUAUGGACGUUUUCCGCUGGAUUGAACGUAAAGUUGUUCCUGUAUUGAAAGAAGACGGAUAUUCACUUUUUAUCCCCUUUUACGACGUAGGGUUUGGCUCGCACAGAGCUGAUGCAAUAGCAGAGGGUAUUAGUAAAAGCAGGACAUACGUUGUGUUUCUCUGCAAUAUGUAUCUCUGUGAUGAUAACUCUGUGCAAGAAUUUGAUUUAGUUUGGAAGCACUUCACGAUGGACACGAAGAAGAAUAUAGUUGUUGUAAAUUACGACAAUUCUGAAACGUCCGAAGUACGUAGUCGACGUUUAAAAGCCUUCAUUAGAAUAAGGGAUGACAUUAACUUUACAAACAGGGAAUCUAGAUUGAUUGAUCGUCUUAAAAAACGCCUUUGUCCGCCGAAGAAAAAAGUUGAUCAUGAUUUCAAAUCCUAUAAAAACAGCUGUUUGAAAGAGGAAUUAGAUAACGAAGAUGACUUAGAAAAGAAUAAAGUGAUCUUUUCUUCAGACGAAAAUUAUAUAUUGAACGCGCUAACCUUUGAGGGAAAACGUGAAAACGAUCGUGAACACGAUAAUGUUAUUCCCGAACAUGAACAUGAAAACUUAAACAAUGGUUGCAAAAAACGAAAGAAUGGAACUCGACAAAGAAGAAAAAGAUGGUACAAUCGAUUAUCAGUCAGAAAUAAGUCUUGCAACUGUAAAUACAGAAAAUGUUAUUUGGAACCGGACUCGAUUGAUGCAAGACCGUGCACAAAACAUUCAAAACGUUACAAGGUAUUAGCCAAAAUAAGAAACUCUGACAAGAAUUAAAAAGAAAACAAUAAUAAGGUUAAAUCGGAUGCGAAGCAGGCGAGUCAUAUAUGAAUUUGAGUCACUGAAUAGUUUACUUCGGAAUGCCACGGUUUUAUUUUGCGAGUCGGCGGUAAAAAUAC